UUCGCUUAUGCGGCUUCGAUCGCCGCUAGAGAUUUUUGUUGCAAACGCAUCUCAUUCAAGUCGGCCAUUUUACUGAUAAUGUUUUUUCAUUAUUAACAAAAGUUAAUCGCGUUUCAUUUUGAUUGAAUUACUAAUAUACCUCGUGCAAGUGUAAUAAAUAACACGAGAUACAACUUUAUAAAUAUGGAGGUGUGGACGAACGUGUGAAAUUGUGGUUUUUAAUGACGAAACAUUGUUGAUUCGGAUUUUUGAUCGUAAAAUACUACGAUAAUGUCGGUGACCGGGGAUGAUGUUUGUACAUCGAGUGGUGGAGUAUCUAUACAAGUGUUUCGCCCAACAUGGGAUGAAUUCAAAGACUUCAAUAAAUACAUACAGUAUAUGGAAUCGAAAGGAGCCCACAAGGCUGGACUCGCCAAGGUGAUUCCUCCUCCCGAGUGGGUUCCCCGCAAGAAAGGCUAUGACUUGGACGAGCUGAACGUUACCAUACCUUCUCCUAUUUGUCAAGUGGUCACUGGGAAACAAGGUUUGUUUCAACAGAUCAAUAUUCAAAAGAAAUCUAUGACAGUGAAACAGUUUGCAGUUUUAGCAAAUUCAGCUAAGUAUUGUACUCCUAAACACACGAACUAUGAUGAUUUAGAAAGAAAAUACUGGAAGAAUGUUACGUACGUUGCACCAAUAUACGGUGCUGAUGUCAAUGGCAGCAUAACAGAUCCAGACGUGAAGGAAUGGAACAUUAAUCACCUCGGUACGAUCCUGGACUUUGUAAAUUCUGAUUAUGGCAUAGAAAUCGAUGGAGUCAACACUGCUUACCUGUACUUUGGUAUGUGGAAGACAACAUUUGCUUGGCACACCGAGGAUAUGGACUUGUAUUCGAUAAACUACCUUCACUUCGGCGAGCCCAAGACCUGGUAUGCUAUCCCGCCAGAACAUGGGAAAAGAUUUGAGCGAAUUGCGUCUGGCUUCUUUCCCACAUCCGCUAAAACAUGCCAAGCAUUCCUAAGACACAAAAUGACUUUAAUAUCUCCGCAAAUAUUAAAGCAAUAUUCCGUGCCAGUUAAUAAAAUUACUCAAGAAUCUGGUGAAAUCAUGAUAACAUUCCCGUAUGGUUACCAUGCAGGUUUUAAUCAUGGUUUUAACUGUGCUGAAUCAACAAACUUUGCAGCACCGAGGUGGGUUGAGUAUGGUAAACGAGCAUUGCAGUGUACUUGUAGUAAUGAUAUGGUAAAGAUAUCCAUGGACACAUUUGUGAAACGGUUCCAACCCGAUCGUUAUGAGCUAUGGUUGAAAGGUCAAGAUAUAGGUUGCCACCCGGAACAGCCAGAAAAAAUGGUCCCAGCUCCUCAUCCCUCUGGUCAAGAUAUAUUAUGUAACAAAAAUAAUACCGAGCUCCCUGAAUCGUUUAUAGAAGCAGAAGUUGAAGGAUUAAAGAAGAAGAAACGACAUCCUUUACAUUUGAAGAGAGCAAUGGCUAGUAAGAGCAUAUCAGAGGGGGCUAUAGCUGUGUCUAUUCUCGGUCAUGAUGUUAUGGAUGAUGAUGAAAUGACAAUGGCGGAAGGGGACUUAGAUAUGAUGACAUCGAUGAAACGUCCAAUGCUGCCCAUGGAUCCAGAUGAUAAUCAGCUUGAUGCUCUAGAAGACAUAUGGUUGAAAGGUGAUGAGAUGGACCCCUCUGAAGCCCAACUGCCUGAUAUUGGUUACAUUGAUUCAGACAGAGAUUCGGAUUAUGUCGCGCCCGCCUCAAAAAAGAAUACUAAGAUAAGGAAAAAACGAAAGGAGAGUAUUAAAAAGGAACCAAGGGAGAAAGUUAUAAAAGAAGAAAGUGAUACUAGUCAUGAACAUGUAAAAGUUGCAUCGCAACCCAAAAAGCAACGUAGAAAAAUGAAAUCUAAAAAACUAUCAGAUGAACAGCUAGAAGACAUGGCAGCGGUGAUCUCUAGUUGGGAGUCACCACCUCACAAUAUCGAAGAUAGUAUUAAGAAUGAAUCAGAACCUGUUCCAUCACCUAAGACUGAUCCUUUACAUGAAACACUCACAUCACACUCGAUCACAUUAGAUAAUUCAAUAGAGAUAAAAAAAGAACCUAAAAAACGCAAAUCCAAUACUAAAGCUGAUUGGGAAAAGAAAGAUACACCUAAAAAAGAGAAAGUUAAGAAGGAAUCAGUUAAACGUGAACCUAAAGUCAAGAAAGAAAAGGUGGAAGGGGACCAGAAAGUUAAGAAACCUCGUAAACCUAGAACACCGAAGAAUGUUCCGAAAUUUGCCUAUAGUUCACCUCUCGAACCAGUUAUUGAUGCUCAGUCCAAAUUAUAUUCACAUUUAGGUCAUCAAAAACCAUCUGCAGCAAGUACAUCCACCCAACCUUCAUCAAUUGCUCAAAAACCACCUCAGACUAAUCCAAAGACUCCAUUGAAAUCAUAUUCAAGUUUCCACCUCGACUCUAGUCCUCGAGUACCAGCUGUAGUUCCGCCUAUUAACAAAAACCCAAGUGCAUUUCAAGGCGAGUUCCACAAGUUUAUGACAACUAAGCAGAAUAGAGUCACAGAAACAUCAGAAUCAUACACUCAUAAGAAGUCAUCUCAGAAGAAAGUUAUAGUGGAAAGUGUCGAGCCCAAAUCUUACCCGAGGUCACCAGAGAAAACGCAAGAUAUACCACUUCCAGUGGGUCAAUAUAAUGACAGCAUUUUCUUGGAUACACCGAUAGACUAUAGAACAUAUACACCUCAAAAUGGUACUGAACGGUUACAUGAAACCAUGAGUCAGCCGAGUUACAGACAAGAACGGAACCAAUGGAGGCCGGAGUACUAUCCUAAUCCUCAAAUACCAUCAGCAUGUCUGAACGUGCUGACGAAACAAGAAGCGUCCCCAUGCGUCGAGAAGGAAGAGGUCAAGGUCGAGGUUGAGAGGUUCAUCGAUCUCGCGAGGCAGAUGGAGGCGUUUUUCCUGCAAAAAAGAUUCUUACUGUCAGCCAUGAAACCGGAACUACUCGUGAAGGAGGAUAACAACGAGCUGAAGUGUGAGUUGCAGAGGAAAGAGGAAUUACUGAGGAGGCAUUAUGACAAGAUCAGCCAGUGGCAAAACCUCCUAGCAGACUUGCAGGGUCACACGCAGUAUAAUAAGUGUCAGCCACAAACGCCUCAGCCAGCUUUGCAGCAAGCGGCGUCCCCGAUGCAGCAGCCUUGCAGCGUACAGCAAAACGUACAGGCGCAACAAAUGGCAGCAGCGGCAGCGGCGCAGCAAGCGGCAUUACAGCAACAAGCGCUGCAGCAACAGCAGAUGCAAAACAUGUUCAUGGCGGGUGGGCGAGGCGGUUAUGCCGGCGCCACACUGCAAGGACCAUUGGCUUACUUGGAGAAGACUGCUACUAAUAUAGACAUGGUGGGUCUGGGCGAUGGACGCAGGUGACGCGGCCGCGGGAGGGGCAGGGGUCGGGGCCGCGGCAGAGGCCGAGGUCGUGGCGCGUCCCCUGAGUAUGGCGGCAGCAUGACGCCGCCGUAGCGCCCCCUCCCGGCGCUAUUCGCGCAUUUCACACACACUCGCUGACUCACAUCGUACAUUCGUUCUUUUCUGAUAUUUAUACAAACAUUGUACAUAUAAUUUAUUUUUUAUUUAAUUUUAAGUGGAAUUUAUUUUUCAUGUGAUAAAAUAUAUUUUUUAUUGAUUUUAAUACAAAAAAUAUUUCAUCAUUGAAGUCAGCCAAAUAUUGUUCAUAUUUU